CUUCCCUCCUGGCCACACCUCUACACAACUCCCUGCGUUCUGCGUACAGGCCCCCCCACCUCCAUUCUCCACUCUACUACUCCGCCGCUACUUGACUUCUGUUUCUCCUCUCUUCUCCUCUCCUCUCCUCUCCUCUCUCAGUAACAGCCUUCAGGUCUGAAGACAGCCCAAAUUUCUCCAGGAAGGGGACAGUCUAGGGAAACAGUCCUUCACUCUUCAUUUUUACAGGUGAUAAGGGACUGAGUAGCCGCCGGGGGUGCCAGCCAUGGCCCGGAGCAACGGGGAGGAUCCGCGGGCGAUGAGCCGUAUGGAGCUCAUCAGACAGGGUCUCCAGCUGAGCCAAUUGAAGGCCAAGAAGACAGUGAAGAACAUGACCAAGAACGACGUCAAGAACUUCAUGAAGAGGAAUGCAUUCGUCAUGUUCACGGUCGCCGCGGUGCUGUUUGGCAUAAUACUGGGGUUUUCCUUGCGGCCGCUGAAGAUGUCGUACCGUGAGGUGAAGUACUUCUCCUUCCCUGGUGAGAUGUUGAUGCGUAUGCUGCAGAUGUUAGUGCUCCCCCUGCUGGUGUCCAGUCUUAUUACAGGCAUGGCGGCGCUGGACAGCCGGUCGUCGGGCAAGAUGGGGGUGCGGGCCGUGGUGUACUACAUGACCACCACCUUCGUGGCCGUCUUCAUCGGGAUCAUCAUGGUGCUCAUCAUCCACCCGGGGAAGGGCUCCAAGGCUGAGUUUGGCAAGCAGCAGAAGAUCGAGCAAGUCAGCCCUGCUGACGCCUUCCUGGACCUCAUCAGAAACAUGUUUCCUCCAAACCUGGUACAGGCCUGUACUCAGCAGUUUAAGACACAGUAUGGGAAGAGGGUGGUGCACGUGAAGGUGACGGUGAACGACACCAUCUUCAACAUGACCAACAUCACGCAGGAAGUGAUACGUGAGGAGGUGGUGCCUCUGCCGGGCAGUGUGAACGGUCUGAACGCGCUGGGCCUGGUGGUCUUCUCCAUGUGCUUUGGCCUGAUCAUCGGCAACAUGAAGGAGCAGGGCCAAGGACUGAGGGACUUCUUCGACUGCCUCAACGAGGCCAUCAUGAAGCUAGUGGCCGUCAUAAUGUGGUAUGCACCCAUUGGCAUCUUGUUCCUGAUCGCGGGGAAGAUCGUGGAGAUGGACGACCUGACAUCCAUGGGUGGCCAGCUGGGAAUGUACACCAUCACGGUCAUCCUCGGCCUCUUCAUCCACGGGGUCAUGGUUCUGCCUUCCUUGUACUUCCUCAUCACGCGAAAGAACCCUUUUAUCUUCAUCGCUGGACUCCUGCAGGCCCUCAUCACUGCCCUGGGCACGUCGUCCAGUUCCGCCACACUGCCCAUCACCUUCAAGUGCCUGGAGGUGAACAACAACGUGGACAAACGCGUGACUCGCUUCGUGCUGCCUGUGGGCGCCACCAUCAACAUGGACGGCACCGCGCUGUAUGAGGCCCUGGCUGCCAUCUUCAUCGCCCAGGUCAACAACGUGGAGAUGAACUUUGGUCAGAUCAUCACCAUCAGUAUUACGGCGACGGCAGCCAGCAUUGGCGCAGCUGGAAUACCUCAGGCUGGACUGGUCACCAUGGUGAUUGUGCUGACCUCAGUGGGACUGCCCACAGAUGACAUCACCCUCAUCAUCGCAGUUGAUUGGUUUUUGGACCGCUUGCGCACCACCACCAAUGUGCUGGGGGACUCAAUCGGGGCAGGCAUCGUGGAGUACCUGUCCCGAGAUGAGCUUGAGGACAAUGACGUGGAGAUGGGCAACUCGGUGGUGGAAGAGAGGCAGGGGAGGAAGCCAUACCGGCUCAUCACCCAGGACGACUACACAAAAGCGCGCAGCAGUGACUCCAAGAUGUAGUCCUGCCUACACUGUGAGCCGUACUCCGUACUGCACUCGUUUAUGCAGUGCGCACCCAGUCACGCGCUUCUUCCCAAAUCCAGGGUGUGCGGUGGCUGGGAUUAUUUUUCUUAAUAGUCACGACAAAAAAAUACUCAUCCUCCUAAAAUUAAUUAUCAACUUGCUGCAAAAUUACCUAGAAAUUUUUCAGCAGUAACAUAACAGCACCUGGCACCCAAAGGGAGACCAAAAGAAUCCUGGGAGAUUUUUGAGAAAAGUGAUUGAGAUACCAGUGUUGUUGUGCAGAUUUAUUUAUUUUCCUAUACAGAUUGUGUUUCUCUUCCUGAAAACACUUUUCUGCUUUCAUCGAUUAUUUAAUGACAGGAAAGGUAAAUAAAGGAUUUGCUCUUUAGCUUUAAGGGGACUUAUGAAGGACACUGUACAGCGGUCAGGUCAGUUUUUUGCUAAGUGGUUCCGGGUGAUGCAGCUGAAAAUCUGCCCGGCAGCACAGAACUCGCCUAUGGACCAUGACGCAUUUGAUUGUAUCUAUCUUAAUAAGUCAUGGAUUUGAAUAGACAUUGGUGGAUUUUCUUUUUUUUAAAUAGGUUCUGAGAAGUGAAUUAGACUAAUGCUGCAUUUGCUAAAGGUUGUACAGUUUGUCUGUUUAUCCCUGCAGUGGUUAGGCCUAGGUGGUGUCAUUAUUUAGGAGUAAUCUCCGUCCUUUUCUCGUGUAUUAGCCAGUCGCACAGCAGAAGUGAAGUGGACUCCAUACAGAGUGCACUUGACUUGUAAUGUGACAUUAUUGUGUCACGCGAAUAUUUAAAGACUCAGCUUGCGCUGCAUCAAACUUCAAGUUGACUUUAAUGGCAUUAUAAAGGUUUCUUUUGGACAUCAGAGUGGCGUCGCCUCUUCUAGAUGAUACCCUGGGCCAGAGCUGACUGUAGGAUUGUCAUUCAGUGACUCGGGUGUUGUAAGGGUUUCAGCUACCUAGGUGUUUUAAUACCGGAACAUUCCAACUGAAGAGUUUGGAGCACGCUGUAAAGAUCUGGGGAUGAGGUUGGCCUGCAGUCAAAUGGGCCAACUAAAAACCUGCAGCCCUGGAAGCACGAGGUGGAACUGCCCCUCUGAGUCACUGCUUUGCGGAAGCCCAUGUGCCUGAAGGACGUUACCACGUCUGUUUUGUCGGCGUGUCAGGAAAAUUCUUACCCUUGCUAAGAAACAUAAGCAGACGUCAUCCAGAGAAAUCGACGUGUCCUCAUUCUGCGGCACAUUGGGCUUCCCAGAUGGUGCGCUGCCGUCGAUAAAUAUCUUACUGAGGUGGCAGCAAUUUCUAGGUCAUUUUUGUUGGAUUCUUGAAUUUUUUUUGUGUCUGUGUUAAAGAUAAGCGAGUUUUGCAGUAUGUAUUUUUUUCAAAGACUGCUUAAUAAUUUUUAAGCACCUUAAUAAACUCAACGAUUCAUUAUUCCUAAUUAAACAGAACAUGCAUUACUUUAAAAAAGGAGUAAAAUAGACCGAAUUAAGGUUUUAUCUGGGUUUCGCAUGUGUGACAUUUCUCAACAGGUCUUUAAAUGUUAGUGUGGGAUUAGGGCUGACUACUUAGAUGAAAAGUGCUGACCAGUGUAACAGUGGCUUUCCCCCCACUGGUCAAAACAUACUCCUUGGAUGAAAAUCAGCUGUUUGACCAAUGUACCACUGGAUAUACCUCGCAGAAGUAGAAGAACAGUGAAACGAUCUGUAAGGUGUAUGGUUAUUGCAGCAGCCAAGCCACAGCAUUCAUAGAACCAGGGAACCAGGAAAUAGGUUCUAUGGAAGGCAUGGUUCUGGAGGUUAGGAGACGGCUCCCCCAUACACGCAGUGUGCCCCCACAAUUCAGCUCUGCAGGAUCGAGUCCUCGCUUUACAAACGGACCAAGUGGCCUCUACCAGGCAAGAUGAAGAUCCUCAUUCACAUUAGCUGCUUUUCCUUACGUCUCUCUCAUCAGCUUAUCUAGUUUACGCCACUAUUUUCUAUUCUUGUGCUGCACUAGAUGGAUUCGGUUCAGUUUAAUGUGGAUUCUGUGACACUAAGACCAGUGUGCAAAAA